CGUUCUAACUUCCCGUGGCGGCAGCAGACGACAGACCGGGCACCGCUUUCAAACAACAAGAUGUUGACAGCUCCAUCAACUCAGUCAUGAAACCGGUGGAUCUCAGACUGUGUGUUCUCAUACUCUGACCGGAACACUAUCGAUCCUUCUGGAGAGUCUGCAGUCUUCACACCUGUGGGUGAAACGUGUCCCUAGUAACCGUCCAGCUGGGUGAAACAUGUCCAUAGUAACCGUUCAGCUGGGUCAGUGCGGUAACCAGGUGGGUCACGAGCUGUUUGACGUCCUCUGCAGCGAUGCUCCGGAGGGAGGGAGGAGAGAGUACAGCACAGCCAGCUGUGAGCGCUUCUUCCACCAAACUACACGUGGAGAGCUUGUAGCCAGGGCGGUGUUGAUCGACAUGGAGCCCAAAGUGAUCAACCAGAGCAUCAGCAGGGCUGCAACAUCUGGCAGGUGGAGGUAUGGAGAGACUGCACACUUCAGCCAGAAGCAGGGCUCUGGGAACAACUGGGCUAACGGGUUCUGUGUCCACGGGCCUCGUCACAGAGACGUGGUGGAGGAGCUGAUGAGGCGAGAGGUGGAGCGCUGUGACAGACUGGCCGGACUCAUGGCCAUGAUGAGUGUGGCGGGGGGGACGGGGUCCGGGGUCGGUACUUACGUUACUCAGUGUCUCCGAGACAUCUACCCCAAGUCCUUCAUCCUCAACCACCUCACCUGGCCGUACGGGACUGGGGAGGUGAUUGUCCAGAACUACAACUCGGUGCUGACGCUGGCUCAUCUCUACCAGCUGUCAGACGCCAUCCUGGUGCACGAGAACGACACGGUGCACAGGAUCUGCAGUCAGCUGCUCAACAUCAAACACAUCUCCUUCGGUGAUGUCAACGGGGUGAUCGCUCACCAGCUGGGCAGUGUCCUGCAGCCGGCGCUCACCGCCGACUCCUACGGAGGCUACAGCAGAAAUCCUCUGGGUGAGCUGGUGAGCGCCCUGGCGUGCCACCCGGAGUACAAGCUGCUCAGCGUGUGCACCGUCCCUCAGAUGCCUAGUGCCUCCAUGGCCUACAGCACGUUCAACUGGCCGAGCCUGCUCAAACACCUCCGACAGAUGCUCAUCUCCAACACCAAGAUGGACGAAGGUAUAGACUGGCAGGUACGUCCACCUGCCGGCUCUGAGCGAACCAGGAGCUUUAACACCUCACUGGCCAACCUGCUCAUACUGAGAGGGAAAGACGUCUACAGCGCAGAGACAGGUGGCUUUGAGGACCCGGCCCUGUACACCUCCUGGCUCUCAUCAGAAGAAGCUUUCAACGUGUGGAAAUCCCCGGUGCCUUUUAAUAAGUAUGAGAAAUGUGCUACGCUGGUCAGUAACAGCCAGGCUCUGCUCAGACCUUUGGAUAACAUGGUGGGGAAAGCCUGGAACAUGUUCGCAUCCAGGGCCUACAUCCAUCAGUACGUUAAAUUUGGGAUCUCAGAGGAGGACUUUCUAGACAGCUUUACGUCUCUUGAGCAAGUCAUCUCCAGCUACAAUCAACUGAGCUAGAAAUGGGAAAAACUAACAUGCACUAACAGGCUUGUUGGACUGUAUGUCAACAGAUCAUGUAAGACAUUGCUGAAGCUUUAAAAAACAAACAAAAAAAAUCAACAUGUAAAUAAAAUACAAUUUAUUUUAUUUGGGUUUACUGUUUAA